AUGUGGGCGCGACUGAGACCACUUCAGCAGCGGCGGCUGCUCUUCACCCGUUCCUCGCCCGGAGGCAGCACUUCUUCCGCCGCCGCCUCCGCGGGCCGGCUCAUCUCCUCCUUACCACCACCACCUGCUGCUGCUGGUGGUGGUGGUUCCGUUUCACGGCGGCAGGGCAUCGCCCUCGUGGCCGGCGGUGGCGGUGGCGGAAGCCGGGGCGGAGGUUCGCGAGGAGGCGGCGGCGGAAGAGGAAAAGAAAGGCAGCAGCAGCAGCAGGGGAAGGUGCCGACGGCCACCCGGAGCGGGCAGCUCACCCAACAGCAGCGUCAGGGAGGAGGAGGAGGAGGAGGAGGUGGAGGAGAGUGGCCACCGGCGGCGGCGGCGGCGGCGGGGAGCUCCAGUCACGGACUCGUGGACGCCAAGGCGGACGCCGACCGGUUCUUUGACAUCCUCAUGCUCCCCUCCCAGUCCCCCAUGGUCUCGAAGAAGGAAGAGCUCAAGCUGGCCGAGGUCGACGAGGACAAGCUCUUUCGGCGGCACGUGCGGACCGCGAAGCGGUACAACCUCCUGAUCCGUGCCCAGGCUGAACGAAUGGGUCUCGCCCCCAUCGAACGCACUUUCGAGAACAUGCUGCGACACGGCAUUGUGCCCAACGUGGAGAUCUACACGUCCAUGGUGGUGGCCUGCGCCAAGAACAAGGACCCACACGCGGCCGAGCGCUACCUAGCCCGCAUGACAGAAGAGGGGCUGGAGCCGAAUAUCUGGACCUACACGGCCCUCGCGCAGGCCUACACGCGGGCCGGGCAGCUCCAGGACGCCUUCCAAGUGCUCGAGAGGCUCAAGGAGGCCUCCAUCCGCCCCAAUGUGCGCCACCACCACCAGCAGCAGCACCAGCAGCAGCACCAGCACCAGCAGCUGAUCGUCCUCGUUGUUGGCGGGGUCUUGGGCGGGGUAAUCUACACGUCUCUCAUCCACGGCUGCCUCCUGGCGGACAACGUGGACAGGGCGUGGGACACGUUCGACCACAUGCGCCAACGAGAAGCCAUCGAGCCCGACGAAGUCACCUUCACGCUCAUGAUCACUGCCUGCGCUCAGAAAGGGCAGGUGGAAAGGGCGCGCAAUGUGAUGGAAGAGAUGCAGCUCCUGCAGCUGAGCCCGACCGAGGUCACCUACAACGCUCAGAUCGGCGCGUACUACUACGCCGAGGCUUUCCUCAAUCUCGAGCGGAUGAAAGCGGCCGGGUUCAGGCCAGACGAGGUUACCUAUUCCGCGCUACUCCAUGCCAGCUCCAGGAACGGCGACGUCAAGAUGGCCGAGAUCGUGUUCAAGAGCAUGAACGACAGCGGCAUGCUUGUGGCCAAACCCGAGGCCACACGCUUCUGGAACUCGUUGCUGUCGGCCUACGCCUCUGCCCAACCUCAUGCCGACUCGCUCACCCGCACCACAACCAUUGCCACCGCCGCUCGCAUCAUCCACACCAUGAAGCAGAUAGGGCAGCAGGCUGAUCGCUACACUGCCAACACAUUGCUCUCGCUCUACGCGCACGCUCACCGGAUCCGUUCGGUGGAGGCCUUGUUCGAUGCGGCUUUCCUCCCUCCCCGGCCCCUCUCCGCUGCAAGUGCGGCGCCGGUGGUGGUGGCAAGCCAGGGCGCCGCCACCGCCGUUGUGGACCACAGCGCCGGCCAGUCCCCACCAGGCCCCGUGUCGGACUCGGACGACAUGGGGCGCCGUGGUGAUGGCGGCGAUCUGUGGGCGUUCGGGGAGCGCUUCACGCCUGACGUGGUGACCUACACAUGCCUCGUCCAACUCUACGCCGACACGCGGCGCCCGGACAAAGCCCUGCACGCGUGGCAGCUCAUGAAGGAAUCCGGGGUCGAGCCCAACAUGCGCACCUACGAGUACAUGGUGCGCUGCCUUGCCCGCUCCGGCUACCUCAACUCGGCCAUGAAGACUCUCCGUGAAAUGCGCGAGAAAGGCUUCGUGCCGAGCCACCACGUUGUCACCCUCCUCAUGCAGCGUACGCAGAGCUGA